AUGGCUUCCAACGCUAAUCGCUAUCACCAGCACCCCGACGGCAUCAUCGACCCGGCGAUGUUCGACGCCCUCAUGAAUGGCAUCGCUGGAGGAGGCGCCGCCGCGUGGAACAAUGGCGAGUUCACCUUCCAGGAUAUCCUCGACGAUGGGUAUACAGAGAGCGAAAUCGUCGGCGACGACCAGCGCUGGGACCUCGCCAACUCCGGCACGCUCAGCGACAAUCCACAGACCCAUCUCUUCGGCCUGGUUGGUUCUCAACCCUCCUCCGCUCAAGACGUCGCACUCGCCAACGAUCUUUCAUCUCCCUUCGGUGCCCUGCCUCCAGCUCCACCUCCCGAUUACAACAACUACGAAGGGCGACGAGACUUGUUGGCGCCGUGGCAAUACGGCAAUCACCUGACGGCCGGUUUCGAGGAGUCCACCAUCGUCCCUUCGGAUUCGAACACGCAUACGAGAGUGCCAUCCAGCGGAUCGAACUCGAAUUCGGGCACGGGCUCCAUGCUGGUCAAGCUCGGAUCGGUGGAUGGCGUGGCUGAGCACGCGCUGGGCAAGGACGACAAUGAGAAUUCGCAAGUAGACAAGAAGGAAGAUAAAGGAAAAGGUCGCGCGGUCGCCGACACGCCUCCGACGCCGUCCAACGUGGAACAAUGGGUCGGAGCAAUCGGCACGACAAUGCAGGUGUCGCCAAACCAGAGCGCGACGCCUCCGCGCGAGUUUCUUGGCGCUGGAGACUUCCACAAUGUCGACGGGAGCGUGCUGGUUGGCGCUGGCUUGACGAUCCCUGAGAACAGUGCCGUUUAUCGUCGCCGUGCAGUCGAUGCUGAGCUUGCGCCUCCUCCCUUCCACAUGAGCGGCAUAUACGGCGGGCGAUCUCUACCUCCUGUUCCUCCUACGAAUGUUGCUCGAUCUCAUCCCGCUACGACGACGACCGGCAUCGAACCAAGUGCAUCCGCUCAACACAGAUCUCGUACCGACGCCGCGCCAUCGGCUCCGCCGCACGCUACCAUCGCCGCAGACCCAGCUCCAUCGUCGCGCAAACUGCAGGCACCUGCCCCCUCGUCCAGGAAGCGCAAGGCGGCGGAGUCCGGCGCCGGGGCACCUGCCAAUAAGCAGUCGCAUCACGGCGAAAAGCCGUCGCGUCACGACAAGAAGCAAUCGCGCUCGCGCAGGCGCAAGGACCCCAAGACCUCUGCCAAAAAGCAUAGGCACGCUCAGCAAGGUAGCGAAUAUUUCACCUUGACGCACUCCAACUGGAUCUUGCGAUUGCCUACGGAGGACGGGGAUGCGCAAACGAGUCCUUCCAGCUCCGGGACGAGCUCAAGUGACGAGGCGCAAGCCAGCGCCGCGACCGCGAGCAAUGACGCCAGGACGAACGCGGGGAGCGGUGACGAAGCCGUCCAGAGCGAGGAUGCAGUGACUACCCAGCAGGCUGCGUGGCACAACAACAGGGAGCGACCGAAGCAAGAGCAGGCGCCAUUCCGAUUCUGGGGUGAGCGCGACUCGAGGCGGCGCGCGCAAUACGGACUUGAUAUGCUAGCGAGAAUCGAGCGCGAGACUGCGAUCGCUGCGACUUCAUCGAGUAACUUGUCGCGGAAUGGCUCGGCACCGCGAAAUGCUUCAGGAUCAUCGAGUGCUUCGCCUUCGUCGAGUGAUUCGUUGGAUGUCGAUCCUCGCGGUCAUGGAAGCCGUUCCCUCGGCGACGACCGCGCUCAAGCAUGCGACACUCGGGCUGGCCCUGACGAAGCUGAACCUGAUUUAUUGGCUACUAUCGCACCCACUCCCGCCUCUAGUGAUCCCGCGAUGCGACUUCCGCAAGACGCAGUAUCCGCUCCCCUCGCCCAGCCGGCUGGUUCAUACGAGAUUCCGCACAAUAUUGCAACGUCGUACGCCUACCAGCAACAUGCGCCGCCUCAGCACGCGCCCGCCGGAUGGUACGACUAUUCCUGCGGAAUGCCUCGGGCAUAUGCCGUAGCGCCGAACCCUUACAUGAUGCCUACUGCAUACCACCCCCCGCCUCCCUUCAGUUGGCCAUAUUUUCCCCCUGCGGGAUUUCACGCUGCCUCCCUGAACCCCAGCGUAAAUGGGCAUGUCAAUCACUAUUCGGACUACGAGCACGGAUACCCUUCGACGUCUGUCCAGCAGACUCAUUUUCACGGCUCCACGCCUCCCUUGAAUAAUGCUUCAUAUGGGGAGGAUGGAUGGUACUACUAG